UUGAGUGCAGUACAUUCUACGUCUGACAGUGCAUGAUCAGGAGUAUAUGCCUGGUCACAGGAGAUAGCUCGUCUUGUAACAACGGGAACUAAUAGUUUCAGCACUUCUAAUGCAACCUUUACAAAUAGGGUUUCGGGCCAAUCGUGGAAGAAAAGAGAGGACGCAACAAGCUGGUUCUGGACUCUUCUCGGAUAUCCCAUGCUAAGUUCUGAAUCGUUGUUGUCCGGGGGGAAGAAAGAGGGGCCUGGGUGCAGUCGUCUGCUGAACUAACGUUACGAUUAGCUGCUUGGCUAGCUUCCUUACAUGUUUUCAGAUAACUGAGUUGCCAGCGUUUCUGUAUGUGUUAACGUUAUAUAAGUAUUAUCCGGAGACCGCAAUACUGAUAUCACAUCAGACAUGAAUGUUGUGUCAAUGUAUGGUAGAUGUUGCUCCUAAAUUGGUUUGGCAGUUGACAGGUAACGUUUCUAUCGUUAGCUGGCUAAAUAGCCAGCCAUAGCUAGCUGGCUACAUUAGCUACCGAUCCAUAUUGGGGUUUACCUAUUUGAAAGCGCAUGCUAACUGUCUGGCAAGGAAAACAGAUUUCUUUCUUUAGUGUCCGUUCUUGUUAACUUACAUGUUUGUUCUUCCCAUAGAACAACAGACAGCUAGUCAACACAUCGUCGCUACCUUGAUUCCUGUGCUAUUUGAACGCCUGUGCAUUAAUUAUUGGCGAGAGUCAAAUGUAUACUCUUUGUUAAUUGUUGACAGAUUAGCAAAUGCUAGCUAACAAUGAAGCCUCAGAUCAUUCUAGUUAGCAAGCUAAAGUUAGCUGGCUAGUAGACGCAGAAGAAACAAGUUGAUAUUUCGAGUUGUUUUGCCAUUGUCAUAUUUAAGUUUUCUUUUGAAACGUACAUCGUUUGUCUCCACUAAAUGGCCUUGACAUAGGGACAACUCUGAAAAACGACAUUUGGCUACUAACGCCUGAAAAAAUGGCCAGUUUCUGUGUAAACAAGUUAGAUAGCAAGGUAAUGUUAGCUGGCUAGCUUACUUGGUGCGAUAUCCGCUGUUUGUAUUAACUAUUGCAUACUUGGUGUGAUCAUAGUGCCGUUUUUAUAAGUUAUUUUAACAUCGUUUGCCUUUGCAAAUAGUUUUAAACCAUUAAAAGACAGCGGCAGAUCAGAUACUGCUAGAUAAUUGUCAGCUGGCUCAAACAACAUCGAGAGAACUGGGACCUUGGAGUCAUUUGAAGCCACCUGCCAGCCAGCUUAUUUUGUCUGGAAAGGUUCAUGACGUAGAUUGGAAGACAGAAGACCCCAAGGGCAUCCUUGGCAUCACUUGGGACACACCGUACCCCGUUUCUGUUGCCACCUACUUGAGCUCAGAUGUGAGGCAGAAUGGGGACCCAGGGAAGCCCUGUGAAGAGUUACGACUAUCUGCUCAAGUUCCUCCUGGUGGGGGACAGCGACGUGGGCAAAGGAGAGAUUUUGGAUAGUCUUCAAGAUGGCUCUGCGGAGUCUCCAUACGCAUACAGUAGUGGAAUCGACUACAAGACCACCACCAUUCUGUUGGAUGGCAGGAGAGUGAAACUUGAGCUCUGGGACACCUCCGGGCAAGGUCGUUUCUGCACUAUCUUCAGGUCCUACUCCCGAGGGGCGCAGGGGAUCCUGCUGGUGUAUGACAUCACCAAUCGCUGGUCGUUUGACGGCAUUGACCGCUGGAUCAGAGAGAUUGACGAGCAUGCUCCGGGGGUCCCCCGCAUCCUGGUGGGGAACCGGCUGCAUCUGGCCUUCAAGCGGCAGGUGCCCACGGAGCAGGCGCGCGCCUACGCUGAGAAGAACGGCAUGACCUUCUUUGAAGUGAGCCCGCUCUGCAACUUCAACGUCAUCGAGUCCUUCACUGAGCUCUCACGCAUCGUCCUCAUGAGGCACGGCAUGGAGAAGUUCUGGAGACCCAACCGAGUGUUCAGCCUACAGGACCUCUGUUGCCGGGCGAUCGUCUCCUGCACGCCGGUGCACCUGAUUGACAAGCUGCCGCUGCCCGUGGCCAUCAAGAGCCACCUCAAGUCCUUCUCCAUGGCCAACGGCAUGAACGCCGUCAUGAUGCACGGACGCUCCUACUCGCUAGCCAAUGCCGCCGGCGCCUCCAAGGGCAACAGCCUGAAGCGGACCAAGUCCAUUCGACCGCCACAGAGUCCUCCGCAGAACUGCACGCGCAACAACUGCAAAAUCUCCUAGCCAGUGACUACCUUCACACACACACACACACAUAUACACAAACACACACACACUUAACUCAGCUAGCACACCUGUCUGCCUGAAUGACCAACCGACCGACUUACAAUGGCUCCUGAUUCCUCUAACUCAUAUACACACACACACACACACACGUGCACACGCAAACUCACUCUAUCCCCAAAUCUCCUAGACCCCAUGUCCAAGGGAGAUGAUUGUGACCGUGUUCUGGACAUCUGGACAUGAAUACACAACAUCAGUCCAUCCGCUCGCUGAUGCUGAUGCUGGUGCUGGUGCCAGCGGUCGGCUGAUUGUCCAGACUGGUCCAGGUUUCUGGUGAGAACUCUGAUGUGUGCCGUGGGUUUCUCUUGCACUUGCCUUCCGUCAGGUCUCGUUAAGGUGAAGGAUUCUUCAGAUGAGCAGUAAUAAGAUGGCCAUGAGGUAUCUCUCGCCUGACCGAUACUUUUUGAAGUUUUUUUUUUUUCUCAUCUUUUUCUCUCUAUUUCCCUGUUCUCUACUGCUCAUUAGAAGAGGAGUUUGUUUCUGAGAUUUUACAAAUCAUACACCCCUAUUCUCCAGCCCCUAACCCAAGACCCAUCCAGAGCAGCACCUCACAAAGUGGUCCUGAUGCUGGCAAUGAGUCGUGCCCACAAUGACAAGCUCUUCAAAAGCGACCCCCUUGACUGCCAUUUAACCCUCAUGGCCUUGGAGGAUGUGUGUGUGUGUGUGUGUGUGUUUUUGUGUGUGUGUGUGUGUGUGUGUGUGUGUGUGUGUGUGUGAGGGAGAGAUCGAGAUCCACAGAAGCCUGAAUGGGAAGAAAAUGAGUUCUGGCCAUUGCAUCUUGCAUGCUCAAAAUUAUACCAGUUAUGUUUAUUUAAAAAAAAUAUAUUCAGUGGUCAUCCAGAAUAAAUUAGUGCUACAAUGUGUAUACAUUAUGUACAUGAAUUUGCACUGUGCAAGGAAAUUAAUUAGAUAUAUUUUAUUUUUAUUUCUUUUUUUUUAAAUAGCUUGACACUGCAAAUGGUGAUUUGCACACACUAUGAACUCUUUGACAGUGUCUCUAUUUUUACCCUUGCAAACCUGAAUUUGUGGGGACAUUUUGCGUCUGCCCAGUUUUUAAGAUGAUGGAUGUUUGUUGGCUUGCAGGGAGCUCCACUCAGCAAUUUCCCGUCUGAAGGUGGCCAGAGAGCUGGUGGGGUGGGUGGGGGGGCACUAGACUAGGACAGGUGGUGGGUGGAUCGCUCGUGUUCUCUCCCAUCCUUCCUGGAAAGACGGCAGGCUGCAGCGAGGCCUGCUUGCUCGCUCCGCCACUGGAGGACGGAGGGUGGGCACUGCUGUGAUGAGGUGUUGAGACCUCUUUUACUCUUUGGAUCACAUCUGCAUUCCUCAGGGGGACAGUUUAGGCAGAGAUGCGUUUGUCUGGUCUUAGUGUUUUUUUUUUUUUUUUUUUUUUGUUUUUUUUUUUUUUUCAACCCUUCUGUUUCCAUGUCUCUCCAUCUGUUGUCAUGGUUAAAUCUGGUGCACUAAGAGUGCACUAUGUGGAUUUGGAAUAUUUUGCCUCAUAUCUUCCACCAAUCCCCUUUCCUCUGAUUCCCAGAAUGUACCAGUUUGUUUUUAUCCAGCAAAAGUACUUUUUUUAAAUAAGCCCAGGGCCAUUCUUUCCUGUCAGUGUUUUGUUGCAUCCUCUCCCGGCUCAACCCUGGCUUGCUCUGCUUGUGCCAAACCCUUCCCCAGCCACACAUGAAAAGAAGCUCCUGCAAUUUGUGUUCCUUUCCACGGGCCUCUCAUACUGGAAUCAGCCCUCUAAAGUCGGCUGGCCUACUUCCCCAACUCAUCUAUGCUGCGGAGAGUUAAACGAGUAUUCCCCACCCCUCCUAAGUCCUCCCUGCCCAAAUGGACCCUAUUUUCCAGAUGCAAUUUUCCAUACCCAAAUGAAUUCAGUGUUACAUAGCGUGUGUGUUUUUUCAAAAGCACUUGAAGUAGUCAGAUAGGACUAGGAUAGGACCUCUGGUUGCACAUAGAACAAUGCAUGGUGUCUGGGUGGCUGUGAUGUCGAAUGUGCCAAAGUGGGGAAAACUGGUUGGACAUAAAUCUAUACGCACACAUCCUUGACAUAAAUAGAACCACAUAUAUAGGAAAGUGGUAAGAAUGCCCCCCCCCCCCCCCCCAUUCCUAAUAACAAAGCACAAAAUGCUGUUAAUGCCUAUGAAGUUUUUUUUUUCCUUUUCUUUGUAUAACCAGCAGAUAAAGGAGAGACUAAUGUAGUCUUACGUAGGAUGUAAUUUUCUGGUUCUUUCACAUCUCAGUCGCUGGGAGAAGUAUGGCACUGGAGAAGUGAAAGGCAUGUUCUUGCGCACCGUCGUCAUUCUCACAGCACUCCUCCCUCCCUCCCUCCCUGCGCUGUGUGGUGUGCUCUCUGGCUCAGCGGAGCAUCUCCUCGGGGUAUGAUGAUUCAUGGCGGAUGAAUAAUAGAUGCUCUUUUCACGUCUCCGGAGGUUUCCUUCAUCAAUCAGCCGGCCCUGCUCCCCAGCGCCUCACCUCCCCAUCCCUCUCCUCUCCUCUCCUCUCCUCUCAAACUCUCCUGUUUUUUUUCCCCUCCUUUCUCUCCUUUUUUUUUGUGGAAGAUUAAAGCUGUUGCUCCCUCCUCCCCUCCCUCUAUCUCAGGGAUCAGACCCAGCCUGCAGUCCAAGGCCCACCAGAUGAAGCCUCCCACCCCUGAGGCUGAAUGGUGGAAGGCCUUGGGCAGUGUGUAGUUCUUAGCUCUCCCACCUUCUACCCACCCAUAACAGUACUCAGCGUUACCAUCCACAGCUUGCUAUGAGAGAAAGCAGUGAGUGCACAGGGCUGUUUUUGUUGUUUUUUUUUUUGUUUUUUUCCCCGAAGGGUUCCAACUGGGGCAGUAUCUCUAGUGUGGUGGUAGGGUUGACCAGCGUCGCACCACAGACAAGGUCUGUGCGAUGCAUGCUGAUGCUAUACGAGGCCUUUUGUGUCCUUAUUUAAGUAGUAAACAUAAGCAAACAAAAAACCUGAGUCUUCGAUAGGAAUGGUUUUUGAAGUACAGUGUCAUUUUUUGGUCCCUCCUUUUACCCAGGUAUCUGAACAGCUGAAUGGUUAGAUAUUAGUUUGUAGUCAGAGGGAAGGGGAGAGAUGUUUGUAUUUUUCUGUGGCGCACAUCAUAAGGGUGCAGCAAAACUAUGUGACUUAGCUAGAGAAAAGAGCGUUUCGACUACGUAUUUUUUAAUUUUGUAUUAUUGUGUUUUUUAAUGACGCCUCAAAUGUUGAUCCAGUUAUAUAUAUAUUCAGACUUUUUGUUUUCUUGUUAAAAUAUUUUCGGGGUGGAUGUGAAUGAAUUUUGAAAGGAAUGUUUUCAGAGGAUAGUGCGGAAGACCAAGCGAUCUCUGAUUUUUUUUUCCCUCUGUUGGGUUGGAUAAAGGGAAGUGUUAUUGACAUUAUGAAAAUACAAUUGUAAACACUAGUUUUCCUUUGGUUUAAGCUGCUGUGUAACUUCAAUGAAAAAUGAUCAAGUGUUCUUGGAAAACAGCGAACAUUUGUUUUUAAAUUAUUGAUUGUACAGUUCCUAGUGUAUGAAAAACAAUGACUUUUUCACAAUAAAACUGUUAACAUUCAGUCA